GAGAGAGAGAGAGAGAGAGAGGGAGAGAGAACGGGCGAGGGAGAGGCACAGAGAGAUUACCACGGCGAUGGAGGGACCGUCUAAUGCGUUUCCGAUGAACGGCGGAGAAGGGCCUCACAGCUACUCCAGAAACUCCUCAGCCCAGAGAAUAUUUAUAGACAGGGCCCGCAAAAUCAUCAAGGAGGCAGUAGCUGAGCAUCUCAACAUCGAAGCAUUCUCUUCCUCCGGAGCUUUUCUCAUCGCCGAUCUCGGUUGCUCGGUCAGGCCCAACACAUUCUAUGCUGUGAGCAACGUUCUUCAAGCAGUAGAGCAGAAGUGCGAAUCCCUAGGACUCGACUCUCAAAUCCUGGAAUUCCAAGUAUUCUUCAAUGAUCAUGUGGGGAACGAUUUCAACAUCCUCUUCAGAUCACUCCCACAAGACCGGCGAUAUCAUGUGGCCGGCGUGCCGGGUUCAUUCUACGGCCGCUUAUUCCCCAAAAACUGUCUCCACUUUGUUUACUCUUCCUUCGCUCUUCAUUGGCUUUCAGGAGCUCCAAAAGAAGUUCAGGACAAGAGCUCUCCAGCCUGGAACAAAGGGAGGAUAUUUUAUACCAAUGCGAACAAAGAAGUCAUCAAAGCAUAUGCAGCUCAAUUUGCUAAAGACAUGGAGGUUUUUCUCUGUGCUAGAGCGCAAGAAGUUGUUCGAGGAGGACUAAUGGUGCUUACCUUUCUCACCCGUCUUGACGGAGCUCCUCAUUCUCAAGUUUUUGCCAACAGGUCUUUAGAUUUGUUGGAAUCUUGCCUCGCUGACAUGGUCAAUAAGGGUACUAUAAGUGAAGAGAGAAUGGACGAGUUUAACCUGCCGAUGUAUUAUGCGUCCCCUCAAGAAAUGAAAGAAGCAGUAGAAAGGAAUGGGCGUUUCAGCAUCAAGAAAAUGGUGGAGCUAGUUGAAGGAUUAGCGGAAGCCUAUCCACUAACGGGGAAAAUGAUAGCUUCUCAAUGGAGAGCGGCUCUGGAGGGACUCUUGAAGGAGAAAAUGCAAUUUGGGGAAGAGAUGUUAGAUGAGCUCUUUGACUCGUUUGCCCGGAAGCACGAUGAGUCGUCUAUCUUUGAGUUCGUGAGAGAAAGCAGCAUCACGUUUGUUCUUCUCGAACGGAGCACUACCAACUAAGGGAAAGCAGGUCUGAUGAGUCCCAUAAAAUCGAGCUUCUUUCUUUGGCACAAGCUGCUUUAAUAUAUAUCGACUUGUUCCAACAGAUAUUCCAUAAGUAUUCAAUAAGAGCAGCAGAUAUAUAUCAGUGAUGAUAAUCCAAUUUCUGAACGCUCGUUCACAGUUUCUUUGAAAUGGAACUUAAAGCAUUUUUUU